AUGAGCGGACAAUUCCGAAGAAAUAGUAAGAUAUGGGUAAGAGUUCUCGCAGAUCUCCCUAUUACCGGGAAACCUACAGAAGUAAGAAUGGGAAGAGGAAAAGGAAAUCCUACGGGUUGGAUUGCUCGUGUGUCCACGGGACAAAUUCUAUUUGAAAUGGAUGGUGUGAGUUUGUCAAAUGCUCGACAAGCCGCUACAUUAGCUGCGCAUAAACCAUGUUCGUCAACCAACGGUAAAAUAUAUCUUAAAGCGGAAAGACAGAUCGCUUCGCUUAAGCUCGGGCAAGGUAAGCAAGAGCGCGCGCUAAAGACGAAUAGCCAAGCAAAGGGAGGUAGGGAAGGAACAGAUUCGAUACUAAAGAGCAAUAGGGCACUCCUAAGCGAAGAAGGCAGUGAGCUCGGUUCAGGAACUUGCCUGCAUGAAUGA